AUGACCGCUAUACGUUACGAAAAAAAUGAUAGGUUAAAGGAACGUAUUCGAGAAAAGUUGGUAGAGUAUCUCGAUAGAGCAGAAACGCUCAAGUCCUUUUUGAACGCGCAAGAACAAACUUCAAGUCCAAAAAACGGCGGUGCUGCUACGAGCAGUAAAACAAAAAAAGUUGGAUCCUCUGAUAAAUCGGACGAAGAAGAUGAUGCUGACUUGAAGAAACUACGUGCAAAUUUAUCUGGCGCCAUUUUGACAGAAAAACCCAAUGUGAGCUGGAACGAUGUAGCUGGCCUUGAGGGUGCCAAGGAAGCGCUCAAGGAAGCUGUGAUUUUGCCCAUCAAAUUCCCUCAUCUUUUCACAGGUCAACGUAAACCAUGGCGAGGUAUUUUGCUCUACGGGCCUCCUGGUACAGGUAAAUCUUACCUUGCUAAGGCUGUUGCCACAGAAUCAAAUGCUACUUUCUUUUCUGUUUCAUCUUCUGAUCUAGUCUCCAAAUGGCUCGGUGAAAGUGAACGUCUUGUAAAGCAAUUGUUUCAAUUGGCUCGAGAAAGCAAACCAGCCAUUGUAUUUAUUGAUGAAGUAGACUCUCUUUGUGGUUCCAGAGGAGAAGGCGAAUCCGAAGCUUCUCGUCGUAUCAAGACUGAGUUCCUAGUGCAGAUGAAUGGUGUAGGUAAUGAUAUGGAUGGUGUACUUGUGUUGGGUGCUACAAAUAUACCUUGGCAGUUGGAUUCUGCUAUUAGAAGAAGAUUUGAAAGACGUAUUUAUAUCCCUCUUCCCGAUGUCAAUGCUCGUGCCAACAUGUUUGCCUUGAAUGUUGGCAAUACUCCCUGUACCUUAUCGCAACAGGAAUAUAAGCAACUAGCAGAAAUGACAGAAGGCUAUUCUGGUUCUGAUAUUGCUGUCUUAGUAAGAGAUGCUUUAAUGCAACCUAUUCGUAAAGUACAAAGUGCUACACAUUUCAAACAGGUUACUGCUCCUUCCCGUACAAAUCCCAAUACAGCAAGUCAAUACUUUACACCUUGUUCUCCUGGUGAUCCUCAAGCUCAAGUCAUGAAUUGGAUGAACAUUGAAGGUGAACAAUUAAUGGAACCUGAGCUCACUAUUCAAGACUUCUUGAAGGCUGUUAAGAAUUCUCGUCCUACAGUCAAUGAUGCAGAUAUUAAGCAACAUGUUAGCUUUACACAAGACUUUGGUCAAGAAGGAUAA